UAAGUUUUUGGUCGACAAAGUAGAUUUGAAAAAAUAUUAUCGAUCAAACAAACGGUCAGUUUUGUGCACAAAAAUGGAAAAUUUAGUGGAAAAAAUUGAAAAUGCCCCAGAAGAGGGAUGUCUGCAGGCUAUUCUUCCAGAGGAUCAUCCUUUGCUCGAACGCUUCCAGCAGAACCUGAAAAAUCACCUCCUGAGGAUUCAAGAGCAGCUCCAAAAUGAAAUUUCUGUCUUGGAUCAUUCGCUAAAGGUAAAAAGUGAGGAGCGCCAGGAAGUUGGUGCAGCACUGUAUGAUCUUCAGCAGCAAAUUGGUCAGCAACGACAGGCACUUGAGGAGUAUGAGGUGAAAAUUCAGGAUGUGAGUGAGAAGAGACAGGAAGUCGCAGCAAAAUGCCAGACACUGCGACGGGAGUGUCAGGAAAAGGAGGGAGAACUUCGGGAGGCUAAGACGAUUCAUGCCCAGCGUCUCAUGGAAUUAGACAAUCUCACUGUGCUGGAGAAUAAUAUGUCCAAAUGGGCAAAGGAGGCAAAGGAUGAGGUCACAGUGGCCAAGAGAGUUGCCAGCAAGGACACACGAGAUCGUCAGGCAAAGAUGGAGGAGGGUCAAAAGAUGGAAUUGUUCCUGUAUCACCUGGACACGGAUGUGCGAAAGCGGGAGAAUGAGCUCAAUACAAUAAAUGAGCAAAUCCGAGAGCAGGAGAUAACGAUUGAGAUGCUGAAUAAGAGUCUCGUGGAUUCCAAUGCUGAUCUUGAGAUUCUGCAGCAAGAACAAAAGAGGAUGACGCAGACAUGGGGCGAAGUGAUUGUGGCCAUUCAACAGAGGGACAAAGUUCUGUCCAUGGUGCAGAAUGAUCUGAAUCUCGAGUACAGGAGGCAGAAAGAAGUGCGAGGAUUCAUCGAGGCCACCAAUAAAGCCAUCCAGAAGCAAAUUGUUCACAAUCACAAGCUCAGUGUUUUCCGGAAUCGUCUCCAGGGCGAUGUGAAAGCUCUGGAAAAGCAGCUUAUCCGUGAGGAUAAGGACUACGAAAGAUUGUAUGAGAAGAUCUCAGAGAAAUCGUCAAUUUUGGAUCAAACUGAGACGGAUUUGAAGCAAGCAAAAAUUGAAGGGAUCCUCCUGGAGAGUCAACUAAAGGGUGUGAGUGCAAAGAUUGAGAAACAGGCCACGCGGAAGGUUGAGCUGGAGGAGAAGAUCCUGGAAUUGCUUCAGAAUCAGAUAACAGCUGACAAAGUGGGUCAGUACCGUGCAAGGGAUUUACGUGAGAUUCAAGAAAAACGUCGCAAUGCAGAGAUUAUGCUCUCAAACACCGAGAAUCAGCUGUCAAUCCUCCUCCUGGAUUUGGAGAAGUACCGUGGAAUUGUUGGGAAUCACCAUCAAGUUUUGGAGAAGCUACAGCGGAAGGAGAAGGAGAUGAAAAUGGAGGCAAAUAAGCAGGAAGAUGAGAUGAAAGAUGUCUUGAAUUCUAUUGAAUCUCGCCAGCGACGAUUGGAUGUGCUGACAAAGCAGUUGAAUGAGAAAAUUUCUGCUUCCGGAGGACGUGAAGGGAAUCCCGAUGAAUUGAAGUUGCUCAAUUUGCAGGGGGAGAUUGAGGAUCUCGAUGGGGAAUUGAAGAAAGUUCAGAAUUUCUGGCUGAGACUCCAGGGGCACGUGAUGAAUCUCACCGAGAAGCGUUCCCAGCAAACUAAUGAGAUUUUUCUGGCCAGAAAACAAUUCCUAAUCAUUGAUCAAAAAUGCCGAAAGGUGGAGAGAGAACUGCAGCGUUUGGUGGAGGAAGAUCGCAUGAGUGACCGUGAGAUUGGCAAACUUCAUUCGCGUCUUGAGCUUCUCAGUGGACGCCUGUUUGAGGAGCAGAAAGAUCACGAUCAGCAGGAAGAAGAAUGUUUUCUCAAUCAUCAAGCACACACGGCUAAGCUGAAGGAAGCCGAGUUGUCCAUCCUGCAGCUGGAGAGGGAAAUUGAGGAGUUGGAGGGGGAGAUUGAGGAGACAAAGGAUCUCGUGAUUGAGAAGCAUCGAGAAGCACUGGCGUGGGAGACAAAGUACCGCCUUGCCGUGGAGACGAAGAAGAGUAGCGACAUGGAGGCAUCGGCGGAGAGUGAAACAGGCCAUAUGAGAGCGGAAAUCCAUCGAAUGGAAGUACGUUAUGCCCAGCUACGGAAGGCACAGGAGAAGCUAAUGCAGGACAUGGACAACUGCAUCAAUCAUCGUGAGAACAUUUUCAAUCAGGCAUCGGUUAAGGAGAAACUCCACGGGGGAAAGGCCAAAGUUAAGUCAACGGUGCAGCAGAAAUUGUCCGAGAUGCAUAUAAAGAUGAAGCAGGUGAAUGGGGAGAUAAGUGUCAUGGAGAGGAGCUUGUGUGGGAAUCAGCAGCAACAGGAGCAUCUUGAGCAGGAGAUUGCAAAGAAAUGCCAAGAAUUGGAGGCAGAACAGCACCAAAAUGCGCUGAUUGAGCAGGAAAUUGGUGAAGGGAUGCUGCUGAAGCAUGAUAAUCUCGAAACAAUUGUCCGGAAGCAGCAUCGGGCACGUCGUUUUAAAGCUCUAGCCACGGGAAGGGUGCCCCCAAAGUGUCGCCCAGAAGGUGUAAUUGAGCAGAGCAUGAAGAAGCAGCGAGAAGUGCAGGAACAUCUCACCAAUCUCAUGGAGAAUCUCCUCACUGACUUCCCCCAUCAUAAAUUCCCGCUCACAAAGAUCAUCCAGACGCUUAAAAAUAACUAAAACUGAAUAUCUCUUCACAUUUUUCUUCUUUAUUUGCUAUACAAUCAGUCUUUAGCACCCACUCACACAUCUUGCAGAGAGUUCGAAGCACAGGAAAUUCGUUUUUGUUUUACAAGAAAGCAUCACCUAAAUCACCCUCUUCAUCCCAAAAUUUUAGAGUUAAAUUACAUUUAAGGCACAACAUUAGUCAGUAAGACUGGAUGACAAACAAGUACCAGUGUCCCAGAGGUAGUAGCCACCGUUGUGCUCCUCGAAGGUGUCAUUGAUGAGCUCAGUGAUUUCAUCGUCACAGAUGGCUUCCUGGAAGGCAGCAAGGACAACGAAAUUCCGUAUAGUUCGAUUCCUGUGACGUGUUUCGUGAUGAUGCAGCGGAUCGUGACGUCUAAUGAAGAUCUGCGGGGCAUAGCUGACAAUUGGGAGAACCUCCGUUGGUGGUGUGAUUUGCAGCUGCAGACUUCCUCCCUGUGUCUCCUGCCGCCGGGAAAAGUUGAGUAUCGACGAGACGACAAGGAAGCAAGCGGCAUUCAUGGGAAAUGCCCGGAUGAGUGUUGAUGCCAAACCACGCGUCAGGAAGCUUAUUCCCUCAGCUCUGUAGCUCUUCACCACGCAAUCAGCAAUGCCCUUGUAGAGCUUCUCAUCUGCCUGAAUGCGGGACUUGACGACAUCCAAUGGGAAGGUACAAAUCCACGAGAAAGUUCCCGCCAAACCGCCGGCCAUUAAGGUGUGGAAGGCACUCGGAUUGGGAGUCUUCCUCGUCAUCAACUCAUAGGAGACGAAGUAAGAGGAGAAACCUGUAGUGAGAGAAAUGUUGGUGAGUUAAAACAAAUAAAUUCCAUUAAAAAUUGAGAAAAAA